UUGCUGGGCUCGGCGGGGGCCAGCCUGCUGCUCACCCUCAUCCCGCCCGCCGACCGGGACGCGGGGUACAAGUACUGUAACGCCAGCUGGCAGCCGGGUGACCGAGGGGCCGCCACCACCGUGCCCGGCCCGGCCACGAGCAGCUAUGGUGUUUUAAGCACGAGUGCUAUUACGAACGCAAAAGCUGUGUCAAAAGAAAGGCUGGAAACAACUGCUGACAUUUUAAUAGCAAGCAGAAAGCCAAUGCUAACUGGUUCAGCCUUCCAGGUGUUAUUCGGCCAGACAGAUACACUUGAGAAAAAAAGCAGAGGUGUUGGUGAAGGUGAUACAGAGGCCAAUGGCUACUUGGACGGUCCCUCUGGCUGGACAACAUCUGUGAAAGCAGUUAACUGGGAGACGCACAAACCAGAAAUGCCGGCUUCCUACAGACCUCCCUUAGGUGGACGCGAGAAGGAAACGAGCAGUCUGGGUUCUGCAAUAGAUCUUGCUGAUAAUGCUGAAGAAAGCCUUUAUACUACUGAAAAUAAUGAGCUCUCUUUGUUUAAAACAACUCUUCCUGCUGUUGGAGAUGCUUACGUGCCUGGAAACCCUUCAGACCACCACAAACAGGCUGUAGAUGUCAGCUUGAAGCCAGUGCAAAACAUCUUUCAGGACAGAGAACAUCAGAUUUUUCUAAUGGUUCUGAGUGCUGUCAUGCUUUGGGAGCUGUUGGCUACUUUUCUCAAAUGGACGGUGGAUGAGAGUCUCUAUGAAUAUCUCGACUUCGUUGACGCGACCGACAGGUAUGGCAAGCUGUGGAUUUGGAGUUACCUGGGUGCAUCUGUAGGUGCCUGCAGCGUUGCCAUAUUGGCGGAUCAACUGAAUUGCUUCCUGAGCAGUACAGUCACCCGCCUCGCUGUCCAUUUUUACGGCUAUGCCCUCCUGAUAAUGCUCUCAUUGCUUGUCAGUGUCUUUUUUCCUGUUCAUGUUCCCAAGAAAACUGACCGUGUUAACAAAACCGCCAAAGCCCUGGCCCUGCUGUGGAGCGAUGGCCGAGCAAUCCUGUAUGCCGUCACCAUCUUCCUCACUGGCGUGUCUGGGUCUGCGGUGCACAACUUUCUCUUCUGGCAGAUGGAGGACCGAGGCAGCGGUGAGCUGUACAUGGGGCUCUCUGUGGCUGUUGGGCUGCUUGCUGAAAUCAUGCUUUAUUUCUUCAAAGGGAAGUUGCUGAGGACUUUAUCGAGCAGCAAAAUUGUUGCGGUCAGCCUGAGCCUCCUGGCAGUGCAGCUUCUGUGCUACUCCUUCUUGUGGACUGCAUGGUCGGUUCUCCUUAUCCAGAUUUUAUCCGCCUUCAGUAGUGGGGCUUUGUGGUGGGUGGUUAACAUGGCAAUGGAUGACAUAGCUACUCCAGGCAUGGAGAGGUCCCUGCAUGCUGUUCUCCAGGGCCUCUGCUACGGUGGAGGAGCAAGCUUGGGCAGUUUUGCAGGAGGAUUUGUCGUUAAGUACUUUGGCCUGGCAGUUCUGUACAGGGCGUGCUGCGUGUGCCUGGUACUGUGGCUCUUCUUGUUCUUAAUUGUCCAAUCUAAAUUGCCACAGCAGAAAAAAAUUAAUUAUUCUCGUCUCCUGGCUGCUGAUUCCAGUGACAUGAGCGACUCCGACGAGGAGAACGAGAGGGACUGGCUGGUAAAAGCUAUGAAGGAUGAAAGCUUUACUAGGAAUUGGUCACAACAGCAUGGGAUCAAUUAA